UCCGAUCUGAGACCUCCACCGCGAGCUCGCCGCCGGCGAUGGAUCGGCGCGCGCAGCGGCUGGUCACCCGCGUCUCCGUCGCGCUGGCCGCCCUCGCCACGCUCUCGCUCGUACACCUCCUGCACCACGCAUCCCCCUCCUGCUUCCCCGCGUCGCACUCCCUCGCGCUCACCCUCUCCCUCGCCCCCUUUCCCCGCACUUCCUGCGAUGCCGCCACCCGCCGCGUGGUCCCGCCCGACCGCAGCCUCGCUAAACUGCGCGCCUCUUCGCGCUGGCGCCGCCGCAUCUCUGCCCUGGCAGCGUCCGUCUUCCCUCCGCUCCGCGGCCUCGGCUUCCUCGCCGCCCCCUCCCGUGUCCUCUGCCUCGCCGCGGGCGCCGGCCACGCGGUCGACGCGCUCCGGUCCACGGGAGUGGCCGACGUGACCGGGACCGACCUCGUCGACUUCCCGCCGCUCGUCCGCCGCGCUGACCCCCACCGCCUCCCGUUCUCGAACGCCGCCUUCGACCUCGUGUUCUCGGAUGACCCCUCGGCGAUCUCCGGCGCGCUGUUCCCGUCCCGCCUCGCCGCCGAAGCUGAGCGCGCCGUCCGCCGCGGCGGCGGCAUCGCGCUCGCGGUCGACCGGGAGAUCGAGACCGCCGCAGUGGCCGCGCUAUUCAAGCGAUCGCGCAUCGUGGAUGUGAAGGAUGUCACCUUGGAUGGCUCCCAGGUUCGGCUGCUCAUCUUGCAGAGCAAUGGCACCACUUCGAUCCCGCAUUGAUUUCGUGUAUCACUCACUUCAGUUUUAGUCAUGUACUACUAGUGACGAUCGUCGGCUCACUCUCUGAGAACCUGACGAAUGUUAGGGAGCUAAACAUUUGUGAAUACGAAUUAUGAUUCGUCAUGGUCAGAGAAAAAGAUGAAAUUGUUCCUUGUCAGUAAGCCAGGUGCAUGGUAUGCUUUGCCCAAAUAAUUUGCAGCCAUCCAUUGUGUCUCUUGACCAUUCCAUUA